AUGUCUGAAAGCCGCCAGCCGAAAUCGGUGGACUUAAUAGAAAACUACUCCGAGGUGGAGGGCUUCCCCAAGCCUUCUGCUGAGGUUAGAUGUGCCCUCUACAGCCCCAACGGCGAAGUGUUUGCCUACACCCAGCCAUCCAAAAUUGUGCUUGUCACCACGAAAGACGGCACGCCCAGCAACGAGGUUGUGGCUGAGGUGGACGUGAAGGAGGCGUACGAUUUGCAUUUUUCGCCCAACGGUCGCUUCUUGGCCAUCUGGACCAGACCAGUGUUGGUGGACAGAGAAAGCGGCGUGUGGUCCGAUAACAUUCAUGUUUUUGACUCCGAGGCCAACAAGGUGGUGGCGUCGUGGAGCAACAAGCACCAGGGCGGAUGGCAACCACAGUUCACCCAGGACAGCCGGAUCAUGGCCAAGAACUUCCACAAUAAGGAGAUCCACUUCUUCGAGGUGAGCGAAGCCUUCGACAUCAAGAAGCCCACGUACAAGUUCAAGCUCCAGGACCUGGGAGCCACGUUCCAGAACUUCCAGAUCAGCCCGGGCAAGAACCCAGCCGUGGCCAUCUUCAUCCCAGAAAAGGGCGGCAAGCCAGCCCAGGUGCUCAUCUACAACGUGCCUUCUUUCAACCAGCCCAUCUGCUCCAAGACGUUUUUCAAGGCGGAGAAGUGCCAGUUGAAGUGGAACGCUUUGGGCACGGCUUUGCUUGCAUUGGCCUCCACGGACCAUGAUACCAGCAACAAGUCGUACUACGGCGAAACCAACUUGUAUUUAUUGGGCAUUGCCGGCUCGUACGAGCGUAUUGACUUGAAGAGAGAGGGACCUAUUCACGACAUCACCUGGUCGCCGCUGGCCAGAGAGUUUGCCGUGAGUUACGGCUACAUGCCCUCAGAGACGACAUUUUUCGAUGCCAGAGGCAACUCCAUCCACUCAUUGCCCACUGCGCCUAGAAACACGAUAAUAUAUUCUCCUCAUGGCCGCUUCGUGCUCGUUGCCGGCUUUGGUAACUUGCAAGGUACUGUCGAUGUGUACGACCGUCAGAACAAGUUCAGCAAGGUGUGCACGUUUGAGGCCUCCAACACCUCCGUGUGUGAGUGGUCACCUUGCGGUCGUUUCAUCUUGACUGCCACCACUUCUCCCCGUUUGCGUGUGGACAACGGCUUGAAGGUGUGGCAUGCCAGCGGCCAGUUGGUGUACUUCAGAGAGUACCCUGAGUUGUUUUCCAUCACUUGGAAGCCUCAGCCACUCGACAAGUUCCCAGGUUUGAGACAACUAGAAGCCUGUCCCGAGCCUCAGCAGUCUGCCAAGGACUAUUUGGCCAAGCGUGCCGCUUCUCGUGGUCUGGCUACUGCCAAACCAGCAGGUGCCUACAGACCACCACAUGCUAGAAACUCCGGUGCUGCUGCCACCUCGACGUCUUUGUACCAGAAGGAAAUGCAGAGCAGUUUCGGCUCUGCUGGCAACGGUGCUAGGAAAACGGUGCCAGGUAUGGUUCCUGGUGCUGCUCCUCCACAGCAGAAGGAGAGCAAGACCGCUGCGAAGAACAGAAAGAAGAGAGAGGCCAAGAAGGCCGAGGACAGUGUGAGUCCGGCUCCUGAGUCUGCUGCAGCAUCGUCGCCAGCACCUGAUACAGGUGUUGUCGGUGGUGUGGUUUCGUUGGAGGAGAAGAAGAUCCGUCUGUUGUUGAAGAAGCUCCGGGCGAUCGAGACGUUGAAGAUGAAGCAGGCGCUGGGCGACCAGUUAGAGGACACUCAGGUGAGCAAGAUCAACAAGGAGGGCGAUAUCCGCAAGGAGUUGAGCGACUUGGGGUGGACGGAGUAG